CUUUAAAAUCACCUGGAUGUCUGACUGAGCUGUGACUGGGAGACAAAGACUUCCUCCAGAUUAUAAUCCAUCAUGUUUUCCUUCAAAAUGCUCCUCUCUGUUCUGGCUCUGACUCUGCUGGUUCUUUCUGUGGAGUCUGGGUCUGGCAGCAGUAAGGGUGGUGGUGUCAGCAGCAGCCCUGACCACCUGAGGGGGCAAGCUCUGACGGAUCUCUUCAACUCGCGGGUUGUCGAAGCUGAGGUGGUGAGACGACCAAUAAGCAGUUCAUCAUCUGGUUCAUCAUCCGGUUCAUCAUCCGGUUCAUCAUCCAGUUCAUCAUCCCGUUCAUCAUCUGGUUCAUCAUCUGGUUCAUCAUCUGGUUCAUCAUCCGGUUCAUCAUCUGGUUUAUCUGGUUUCUGGACGUCCUUACUCCCACCAGAACUUGAUGCCAGGUCCCACUCUGGAGUCAGAGUGAAACUGGAUGAUGACUCUGAGUGGCUCGUUCAUAAAGGAUCUGGAUAUGGAAGAUCCUCUCAGACUGUGGUGACUGAUGCUGAACACAUGAGCCCAGCCUGGGAGACAGAUAGAAAAAUAAAUGUUGAAAGAGAAACGACGGUUAGUGACUUGGUGGACGCUGGAGGAGCCAAUUACAACCCUCUCUGCAGCAACUGUCAUCAUGCUACACGUGACAUGGAGAGAAGGCUCGGUUAAAGCCACAGGUUCUUCUCUGCUCAGAGGGUGAAACCUCACAGAGAGGACGUGUCGUGUGGUUUUUAUUCCACCAGAGGGCCCCAGAGUCAUACAACCUGUCUCACUUCACUGGAACAGACAGAAAUGUGACUGUAAAUAAAGUUCGUCCCUUUGUCCUGAUGA